AUGCGGACCUCAACCUUCCUGCUCGCGGCCAUGGGUGCCAUCAACUCCGCCCUGGCCGCUCCUACAUAUCCUACCUUCAACGUCAACGCCGCCAUGCCCGGCGAUUUGAAGCAGAUGACCGCCUACUUCAACAUGCUCGCAACAAAGGUGCAAGAGGGCCGGUCCAUGUCGUAUGCUCCGGUGUGCGACCUGUCCAAGGCGAAGCAGCCAACCGCUCCAACCAGCCUGCCUCCACCCACCGCAGGCCUCGCCCUCAAGCACGUCGCCAUCGGCCGCGGCACGCAGAACUACACCUGCGACCUGACCAACGCGACCGCCGUGCCCGUGGCCGUCGGCGCCGUCGCCACCCUCUUCAACGCCAGCUGCGUCGCCGCCACCUACCCGGACGUGCUCAACAUGCUGCCGCGCGUGUCGCUCAGCUUCAACCUGACCAGCGACGAGCAGCUGCCCCUGACCGCGCAGCGCCUCGCGCCCUCCAACCUCAUCGUCAGCGGCAAGCACUUCUUCACCACCACCACCACCCCCUUCUUCAACCUCGACACCACCUCCAUGAAGCUGGGCGAGGCCCCCUGCGCAAAGAACGCCAGCGUCCCCGCCCCCGCCGACGCGCAGGUCGGCCAGCUCGGCGAGCCGGCCGUCGCCUGGCUCAAGCUGCUCACCAAGGACGGCGCCACCGGCAACCUGCAGGAGGUGUACCGGCUGAACACCGCCGGCGGCAGCCCGCCGGCGUCGUGCAAGGGCAUGCCCGCUACAUUCGAGAGGCAAUAUGCCGCAGAAUACUGGUUCUACCAGGGCAAGUCAUCAUGA